AGUUAAAAAGCAACUGAGAAAAAUGGCUGCAGAAGAUGAGAGGAAUAAAAACCUCCUCCAGGAAGUUUGGAAGAAAAAAGAAAAUGCCAUGUGUGCAGAUUGCGGGCAGCCGGAUCCUUGCUGGGUCUCCUGUACUUUGGGUACUUUCAUCUGUUGUGAGUGCUCAGAAAUACACUACAAGAUCCCUAACAUAAGUGAAGUUAAAUCAAUAAAGAAGAGUUGCUGGGAGGAAAGCCAGAUACAGUUUCUGGCCCAGCACGGGAAUGCACUAGCCAAAGCAACGUAUGAGGCUCAUGUACCUGCUUAUUAUUAUCGCCCAUCUUACAACGACUGUCAAGUCCUGAGAGAGCAGUGGAUACGAGCCAAGUAUGAACGGAAGGAAUUCCUGGAGCCAAAGAAAGAAGUUCUUUAUUCCAAUG